GAGCUAAGAUGAUUCACACGAACUUGACAGCCUUUGGAUAAUGACAACAACGUAAAUCAAGUCGAUUCUCCAGGCCUGUCCAGUGUGCUCCGGUCAGCAUGGAGACUGUAAACAGCUACGUAUUGAUCCAUGGGAAGAACAUCUCUCAUAGCUCUUUGGCCGGGUCUGCGGCUGGCCCACAAAUGUCCAUAGACAAGCUCUUCCCUGCUCUACUGGAGUGCUUCGGCAUCAUCAUGUGUGGAUACAUUGCUGAGAGGGCUGACAUCAUCACAGAGACCCAAGCGAAGGGUCUGGGUAACUUUGUGUCCAAGUUUGCUCUGCCAGCAUUGCUCUUUAAAAACAUGGUGCUGCUGGAUUUUGGAGAUGUCAUUUGGGCAUUUCUAUGGAGCGUGCUGGUGGCAAAGGUGACAGUGUUCGUGCUGGUGUGCGUGCUCACCCUGAUGGUGGCCAGUCCUGAGAGCAGGUACAGCAAGGCCGGCCUCUACGCCAUCUUUGCCACUCAGAGCAAUGACUUUGCUCUGGGAUACCCCAUAGUGGAGGCCUUGUACCGGAGCACGUACCCAGAGUACCUGCAGUACAUUUACCUGGUGGCUCCUGUGUCCCUCAUGAUCCUAAACCCCAUCGGCUUUGCCCUGUGUGAGAUCCAGAGGUGGAGACAGGCCAGCCACCCUGAGCGCAGCACUUUAGCCAUCGUAGCAGUUGUCAUUCUUCAGGUUUUGAAGAAUCCCAUAGUGUUCAUGGUGAUCAUAGGCAUCGUGUCUCACUUUGCCCUGGGACAGCAGAUCCCAGCCGUCCUCUCAGAGUUCAUUGAUGGACUGGCCAAUUCUUUUGGAGGAGCGGCCUUGUUCUACCUGGGACUCUCUAUGGUCGGCCAACUUAGAAAACUGACUCGAGACACUGGAGUUGCUUUGAUCCUUCUAAUUACAGCCAAACUUCUGGUGAUGCCUCUGGUGUGUAAGGACAUGGUGGAGAUCCUGGAUGUUGGAGUAAACAGCAGCAGUCCGAACCACACCAGUCUGUCCAACUUUGCCUUUCUGUACGGAGUCUUCCCCACAGCUCCCAGUGUGGCCAUCUACGCAGCGCACUACAACAUGGAGCUGGAAGUGGUGACUUCAGGCAUGGUGAUCAGCACAUUCCUGUCCGCUCCCAUCAUGUACGUGUCGGCAUGGUUACUCACCAUCCCUCUGAUGGACCCCACCCCUCUCAUCACAGAGCUGCAGAACGUCAGCUUCAACAUCAGCGUCGUCUGCCUCCUCGCUCUGGUGUGGACCAUAGCUGUGAUGCUUCUGAGCAGAAAGUUCAACAGACUUCCUCAUGUCUUUGCUCUGAAUCUCUUCUUGGCUCAGUUCCUGGUGUGUGUGAGUAUGAUCUUGUGGAACUUCCUGGUCAAACAGGAGGAGAACCUGGUGGGCAAAGUCAUCACAUUCAGCCUCCUCUACGGCUCCCUGUACAGCACCUACAUCUGGACUGGUCUGAUCCCUCUAUGCCUGGCCCUCACAAACAGAGACGACCUCCUGAGGCUGAGGCCAGGAGUCUUCAUGGCCCUUGGCUGGGGAGUACCCUUCUUAAUGGUGGGAUGUCUUCUGCUUGUGGGAGAAAGAACAGACUCCAUAGACUCUGCCUUCUUCUGUGGGAAAGCUCAGAUCAUCUGUAGUGCAGUUGUACUAGCCGUGAGUCUCCUGCUGGGGGCACUCUCUCUAAUGGGGCUGAGCCAGGGCAGCAGGGAGCAGAGCGGGUACGAAGCUUUGGGCAGAGCUGCUGUCACCGGUCUCACUGACGACCUGCAGCCCCCUGGAGGAGUAGAAGAGCAACAACAACAACAGCCCCCCCUGCUGAUCAGCUCCCCCUCCACCUUCAGCAUUAACUCAGACAUGCAGAACGGCUCUCCACCUCAGUCCAUACCUGACAUGAUCGCCAGCACCCAAAGAGAACACGUCAACCACCUGGAUCAUAUUGGAGCCCAGUCGGACGGCCCUCCUCUGUCAGAGCAACCCCUGAACCUGCCUCCUCCUGGUCCUCCUCCAGAUGAGAAGCAGACACUCAGACAUGUGCUGCUGUGCCUGCUGCUCAGCGUUAGCCUGCUAGCAAACCUGUCCAGCUGUAUGUGGUGGCUUUUGAACAGAGACCCAGGCCGACUGUACCUGGAGCUGCAGUUCUUCUGUGCUGUGGCCAACUAUGGACAGGGGUUUCUGUCAUUUGGAAUCUUUGGCCUGGACAGACACCUUAUCAUUCUUCCAUUCAAAAAGAGGUUGUUAUCCUUAUGGCAUGGACGGGACAGCUCUGAGCUGCCCUCUGCUGGUGUUCCUGAAGAGGUGCGGCUCACGUGCACUCAGUUUGUGCGUUACCACAAAGAGCAGUGUGUGCAGGACGUGGUACACACACGCAGUGGCUCAGGGGAGAGUGUGACCGCUACCACCGGUGAAUCCUUCCUCUGAUAAUGACAGGUUAGCGCGCCCCCCGGUGGACACCUACGGAGACGUGCCCCAGACCGAGGACCCUCUACCCCAGCUCACUCACCCCCACCCGGAGAGCCUGUUCCGGGGCAGCGACCUGGUGGAGUGGUUGUUGGAGAGGGGCUUGUGCAAGGGGAGGGGGGAGGCACAGAUGUACGGAGGGUUUCUGCAGCAGGGAGGAGUGAUAGAGCAUGAGACGGGACAGUACGGCUUUAAGGACGAAGACACGAUAUUUUAUUAUUUCACCAAUGAGAGUUAGAGAUGGAGAGAAGGGGCUCAGGAUCAGAGGUGGGUAGGGUAGCCAGAAAUUUGACUCAAGUAAGAGUAACUUAAUUGUUCAAAUGUUCAAAUCAUUUCAUAUUGUCGACAUAACUAAAACUAAAAUCCCCCUCUGCUCAGGAUGCAUGAUGGAGCAGAGGGAAAAGGAGGAAUAUUGUUUGUUAUGUCGGGGUAAGGCGCUCAGGUCUUAUUGGCAAACUUUGUACUAUUCUGUUAAAGGCGCUGUACCUGAUUUUAUUUAAAAUUUGACAAAAAGAUUUAGUUCAUUUUAAGUGGUUUGUCGGUUUGCAGUGGUUAAAAGUUAUUCCUCAGCUACUUUAUGCAUUCUCAACAUCCUAAUUAUUCAAUGCAGCGAUUUUCACACCUUACAGGGGCCACAGCGGAGUUUUCCUAUUAAAGCUAACAACAUCAACUAGCUUUAUAAGAUGCAGACAGGUCCACGAGCUGCUUAGAUGAUAUAUCUGUAUUGAGACAAGACACAUUUUGGUCAAAUACAUGGAAAGAGAUUGGGUACAGGGCCUUUAAGUAGCUAUAAAAUCAGAAAAUUCAUAAAUAUAUCCCUUGAACUUAAUGGGACUGAUUUUAAGACAUUUUCAAGUCACAUAGUAGAUUAAAACUCUUAAAGGUGCACUGUGUAACUUUUUCCGACACCUGCUUGUCUCCACUUGCUUUUCCUUUAAAGGGCCCGUACUACACUUUAUUUGAUUUAUUUUCUGAUCCAUGUUAUAAUGUUGUUUCCUCAUCACAAACAGACCUGGAGUUGUGUUUUGUUUCAUUCAUACAUGUCUUUAAGUUCUUCCCUUAAAUAGAAAACACUUCAUUCCACCUUGUGAUGUCAUGUGGUGAUACAGGAAGUGCUUCACUGUGUCUUUAAACUCCAUACACCUUCCUGUAUGGAGCCCUGGAAUUGCUCAUCUCUAUUGAACUAAAGGUAAAAGGUAGAUGUAAACUUGAAAAAUACCGCUUCAUGACAUCACAAGGUGGAACAGAGCAUUUUCAGCUUUGGUGAAUAAAACAAAACACAACUCCAGGUAUAUGUUUGAUGAGGUAACAUUCUAACAUAGCUAAAAACUCACUGAAGUGAAUUGUGUCUAAUAUAGGACCUUUUGUGCAUCACAGAAUGGCAUAAACAUUUAAUUACAGGUGUUUGCUAAAAUAAAAAUGGAUAUGUUUGAUGAUGCCAUACUAGGGAACGUUUUGGACAAAACAAUAAUAACUCCAUGGAAACAGGCAGAUGGUGGACAGAGAAGUUACACAGUACCCCUUUAAACCCUUGAACCCAUUUUACACUCCUCAACAACCAAAAAUGAUCAAUUAUAUAUAGUUUGCCAUAAGACCCUUACAAGUUGCUGCAUUUUUGUCAUACACUUUAUUUUGUAUAAAAAAAGUUUCAACAAUGCAAACAAAAUGUGACAGAUUUUCUUGAUAUUAUUUUAAUACAUAUUUUUUGUAACAACUCAAACACUAAAACAGUUAAAUAAUAUAAUAUAAACAGAUAUAUCAAAGCUAUGGACAGUGCUCACUACUUUCUCUGCACAACUCAACCUUCAUUCAAAUCAUCACAUCAUUCUGAAAUUUCAAGUUUUAUUUUUGUAAAGUAGUUAUUUUUUUUAUUGUUUAUUUAUUCAUUUUACUUAGUAUUUGUAUCAUUUAUGUUAAAGAGGGGGUAUUAUGCAAAGUUGACUUUUUGGAGCUUUCUACCAUGUUAUGACUUUGUUCCUUCAUCAAAAUGAAGCCUGAAGAGGUUUUAUUUGUCAUCCAUGCAUGUCUGAGUAAUCUAGUGAUCUCUCCCGGGCCCUCUUUACAGUUAGCAGUACGCAGAAUGCAGAAUUUACAAAAGCAGGAUACUGAGCUAUUCACUACAACUUCACAAACCUGAUGCAAUGGAGGAGGGGAAGUGAUUAGUACAGGGAGCCAAGGGAGAGAAAACUUUCAAAACAAUAAAAUGUGACAUGGUGAUCUAAAUAUGUUAAGUGUUAGCAGUUAAUACCUCCUCUUUAAGAAGAUUUCAAGUUUACCUGCACCAGUCUGAGCCUAAAUCCUCUCACAUUCUGUUAACUGACAAUUUGCCAUAGAGAUAAUGUUUCAAAAAGCCAAAUGUUUUAUGUUUUAUAAAUGUUUCUGAAAUAAUUUUGCACGAUAAAGACUGCAUGAUUUGAGGCAGUUAAAACGGCCGCUCGUCUGGCACUUGCACUGAAACACGCGCAUACUGGAAAUCUGGUUAAAAAUAUUGAUAUACUUUUGCUGCUGUUAUGUUUAAUGCUUAUUAUUGUUGUGUAAAUGGUUCGUUAUGAGUUCAGUUUGGUGUAAUUAAGCACAAGUGGCCUCUGUGUGUGGAGACCAGAGCACAGCGAUGCAUGUGCCUGAAAACUCACUCCAACUUAAUGUGUAAAUGUGGUGUUUAUGUUCAUGUUUACAACAGCAGGGGGCAGUAUGCUGUCUUUGUCGAUGCCUUAAAGAUGCACUGUGUAGAAGGCUUGUCCUGGUUUGGUCCUGGUUUCGAUCCAGUUUGAGUCUAAUGUAGAUUUAGACCUGGCAAAUGCUAACUGCUAUGCCUCUGAGCCACUAUGCUAACCAUGUUACGUUUCAUCAGUGCCACUUAGCUCGUUAGCAGUUAUAAACAUCAAAUUGCACUCUGUCUUGAUAACACAUUUUGAGGAAAACACUUUUUACCACUGGCACAGUAACCCUAAAGCAAAAUAUAAAUCCCUCCAAAAUAUAAUCCCGACAAAAAAUGCAAAAAAUAAUUAGCAGAAUGAAACACUUAGUCAAAGAUGUAAUUUAUUCAACUCUCCACAGCUAAAUCUUACCAUAGUACAAAAAAAUAACAAAACGUUCCCACUAAGAAAAAGUGUGGUACCCAUGAUAAAUAUUGACUCCCACAUAUUGUUCCAUUGAUCAUUUAUAGAAGUCGAUAUAUAGUGUUUAUCGUAACAGGCCUGUAAACUAUUGAUGGCUUGGGAGUUCUUCAUGUUUGUCUAUGAUAUUUUUAGAUUGUCUGAGAACUCAAGAAAAAAUACAGCCCGUGAUGAAUAUGAACGUUUAAGAUCUAGUUUUAGGUGUUUAAGGUUUAAUAAAAAAGGUGAGGAUGACUAACUGAAAAGGUGUUGGCUAAUACUAGCUAGCCAUUUGAAAGAGACUUGUUUAACAGCACAAAUCCGCUCUCUUGUUGUCGCAGCUAAAUCAAUUCUUUAAUCUGAGCUGUUUUAACACUGACUAUAAAGGGCCCAUAUUACAUGAUUUUCUGAUCUCUGUUAUAAUGUUGUUUUGUUUCAUUCACACAUGUUAGCUGUCUAACAUCACAAGGUGGAACAGAGCAUUUUGAGCUUUGGAGAAGUAGACAAACUAAUAAUAAAGUGUUACUCAAACAUGUGUGAAUGAAACAAAACACAACUCCAGUUCUGUUCUUUAGGAGGUAGCAGGAUUAUACCAUGACUUAAAGCUCACAAGAGUCAGUUUUGUGUUAUAUAGGAAGUCUAAUUUGAAUAACAAAGCUUCAGACAGAGCAGUUCCACCAGUUAGCUUUCCACAUUAACUUUUUUUUAAAUCUGACCUACCUAGUGCAUCUUUAAAGUGAGUCUUCCACCUGUGCUUUGUGUCCUAUGGCUGUGUGUGUGCUCAUGUGUCGGACCAUAGCACUAUGCACAGAAGUCCCUUUAUUCAGCCUGUACCAGCGUGUGCACGGUUUUGUCUUCCAUCAACUGAAAAACGUGUUUACAUUUUUGUUAUCCAGAUUGUUUGUUUUUUUUGGAUCAUUUUGUGUGUGAUUGUGUGUGCUUAUGGAGAGUGGAGAUGUUGUAAGCCAAUGAGGUCUAUUACUUUGUGACCGAAAUAAAGCCAGAAAUAC